UUUCAAAUAAACUUAGACACACAUCUGGAUAUGUGUCAUAACCAUCUACAGGGAAUCUUUUGUGCUUGAUUCCAGAAACAUAUGCGUUUUAUACUGAGAGUCAUGCAGGCUAACAGGAUAUACAAGAAACACCUGUGAAAAACAAACCCACCCCUACAGUACACACACAGCACGAGCUCCAAAUCAAAAGCGAAAGUGAAAGUGUGGCUUUAACUGGAGGGUGAAGAAAUACUGCACAUAUACUACAUCAGGAACAGCAUAACAAUGCCGAUCACAUUCAGUGGAUGGGAGGCCUGCUGCGAAACCUUUAAGGAGCUCCAACCAGGUCAGACCCCCAGAAAAAGCCAUGGCUACACCAUGUUCCACGGGACACACAAAAGCAAUGCCCAGACUAUAAUAACUAACGGAUUCAAGCCUUCCUCUGGAGGAACACUGGGAGCAGGUGUCUACUGCAGCAGGGACAUUAAGAAAGCCAUGAGCUACCCAGCCUUUUGUGCUUCUAAUGACAGAGUAGUUUUCAAGCUGCGGGUGAGAGUGGGCAAGGUGAAGAGGAUUGACAACCAGUGCAUGCAUCUGCAGACCACAUGGCAUCAGCAAGGAUAUGACACAGCCUGGCUUCCCGCCUCUGUGUUGGGCCUUGAGGAAGACUGUGUGUGGGACCCGAAGCGAAUCACAGUCGUAGCUAUAGCGCACUGUGGGGAUGCUGCCAUGAAAAAUUCUUUGGAGAGUCUUAUAAAGCAGCAAGGAAACGGACCAGGACAAGAGGCAAAUGGGUCAGAGGGGACACUUUGCAAGAGCUGUGGAAUGCAGACACAGGACACACACAUUGUAGAGAAGUGCUGGGUCUGUAAGACAGCUAUUUGUGCUUUCAUGAGAAAGCAUGUUUGCUUAAAAAAGUGAUUAGUCACCCACUUUUUCCUCUGUGAUUCACUAAUCACUGUUUCCUUAUCCUACUGUGUACUGUUUUGUGUGAUAAUCUGUACC